AUCAAGCAAUCAUCUGUUGUGUGCUUAAUGAGAUGAGAGAUGAUAUACUCAUGAAAUGAUCCUUCGCAGUGUUAUGUAUCCACUUGCUUCCUUCUUUCCGGUGCGAAUGAAGCCUGCUAAUCGAAGUUGGGAUCCUGUGUUAAGCCCAGGCCUGAACAAUGAGCGAUUCUUCUAUGAGCUAUGAGCCUGAAGAGGAGGAAGAGGGGGAGGAACAAGAAGAAGAUACCACCCAGCAUGGGAAUCCCUCCGGAGCUUCUGGACAUUCUGUCCCUCCACACCAAAAUGUCCUACACGAUUCGAAGCCUCUCCAUAAUGGCACAUCGCACGGAAACGUAUCCCAACGCCACAAAAGGCAACGCCUCAAGCCGCGACGUCUCGCCUUGCGAGCGGCAGCUACGCUUCCUGUUGGCAAAUACUCGGACCUCUACAAAGAAGUGGUUGACGAUAUGCUUGGUGGGCCUGAAUACGGUGAUGGACCGAGGCUCUUCGGUACUCAGUACGGCAUCAUCAGCUGGUCCCCACAAGAGAAGAAUGCAUUCUUUACAGCCCUCGCUAGGAAAGGAAAAGACGCAAUUCCAGAAAUUGCAGCUUUCAUCGGGACCAAAAGCCAAAUGGAAGUGAGACAUUACCUUGAUCUACUACACCGCAAUUUUGAGCUGCAUAACGUUACAGAAGAGACUGUGAAAAAUAUCACGCUCUCAGACGUUCCCGCCGCAUACGAGGUUAGCAAGGAAUGCUGCCUAGCGCUGGAAAAUGUUGCCAGCGCAUUAUCCCUACGGGACGAACAGGCCCAUAAUGUUGCAGGGAGGCGGAAACACGGAGAUUUUUGGCUUAUAGACAAUGAAGUUGCCGCUUAUGUUGAAGAGGUACUGGAGCCGGAGGAAGAAUCCGAAUCAGAGAAGGACCCGGAGCCAGAAUCACUAGAGCCAGGAGUGAUUCCAGCAUCGGAAUUCGAGGUAGAGUUGCAACCGGAAACUGAAUCCAAAUCACUGGCAGAGGGCGAUCGUAACGGCCAAGUUAAUACCGUCAAAAUGCAUAGCAUAUCUGCUACAGCGAAGCUACUAAAAAUAUCAAAUUGGAUCCGACUAUCCGAACGUGUUUUCAUGAAUGCAGGGGAAAGGAGGUUAGAAGACAAUUGGACUCAAAUAUGCUUUGAGGACGAAACACCGGCAUUGACCUGUGAUGCUUUUUCUGACUUCUACGCAUUAACUAUUAGCAUCACCCGUCGGAUCGUACACUCGUCCAUCUUUUUUGCAUUGUCGCGGAUACGUGCAAUAGAGCGUUCCCAUGUUAAUCCUAAGAAGGUGGUGAAGAAGGAGGAUAUAUUUGCUGCAUUGGACAUUCUAAAAAUGGAGCCCAACUCCAGGAAAUUUUGGGCUAGUGCUCCUCGGCGUUGUGCACUUGACAUCCGUCAUGACAGCGGAGAAAAUUAUAAAACCGUACUUCUCAGCUACGAUGAACUCGACGCAUUAUUGGGCCCAAAAUCCGACAUCGACCCAGAGUAUAUAAAGACAGCGCCCCAAGCGAUGAGCUCCGCUUCCGAAGGCUCGAGUUAUUCUGGCGAAGGCUUCGAGUCGGACACAAGUGGAAGAAUUCCCUCUACCGCUCAGGACUCCAUGGAUGCGGAAGACGAUCUCUCGGACGCGCAAGAAAAGCAUGCCAACGCCUUGGAUCAAGAAGCGAGCCGUGCGGAAGAAUCGAAACUAUGGCGCUGGAUAGGCAAACCCGAUCCCCAGUCCUUGGAUCAUAAUGUUAAGCCGGAAGUUAAAGAAGAGGAAAUAGAGCACACACUUUUUGCGAAACGAAAAAUGCCCCAGGAGAUUUCCAAUUGGAGAAGUCGGAUUUUAUACCAGGCGGAGUGGGAGACUUUCGGCCAAAGUACUGUGGCCAUUGAUGAAGAGAUGGGAGGAAAUGGAAGCAGAAAACGGCUCAAGAUUGACUGAGAUAUAUCCACAAAUGGGGGACCAGGGCCACAGGCCCAAUUGUGGAAACGUAUUUGCGUGCUUUGUGUGCUGGCAAAUCUGUGAUUGCCUGGAUACUGGACAGAGCAAGGCAGCUCUGCAAUCACCAAUCUAUGUAUAAACAAUCAGAUACCCUAUACAACCCUAC